AUGACCACAAAGGAGCUGGUAAAUAGAGUUCUGAGGUGGAGUGAGUUGCUGAAAAGCAACAAGUACCCUCCACUGGGCAACGAAGUAGCAGAAGGACCGAAGAGCAAAUUCACAAACUUCUCACUGCAACACAUAAUGGAAAAGUACAACUUCCUGCCUUCGCUGAUGGUAAAGAGGGAGUUCCUGCUGUCGAUGGCCGCAAAGAACCCGGAACUGGUGAAGGAUGCAUUUUUUGGAGAUAAGUUCAAGUACUACGUGGAAACGGACCUUCCACCGCCGGAGGAGGUGCCAGUAGCAAAGGAAGAAGCGAAACCACACUAG